AUGACAACUCACAAUAUCGUGGUCUUCGGAGGAGAUCACUGCGGCCCUGAGGUAGUCGCCGAAGCUGUGAAGAUCCUCAAGAUUAUCGAGGCUGAGCGCCCAAGCGCCGGAAAGUUCAGUUUUCAGGAGCACCUUCUGGGAGGCUGCUCGAUCGAUGCCACUGGCGUGCCUCUCACCACUCAAGCUCUUGAAGCUGCCAAAGCCGCAGACGCAGUCCUCCUAGGUGCAAUUGGUGGUCCAAAAUGGGGCACAGGAAAGGUGCGUCCUGAGCAGGGUAUUCUUGCUCUCCGCAAGCAGAUGGGCACGUAUGGCAACCUUCGACCAUGCAAUUUCGCCUCGGAAUCUCUGGUCGAUAUCUCUCCUCUCAAGGCCGAAGUCUGCCGAGGGACGAACUUCAACAUCAUCCGUGAGCUUACUGGGGGCAUCUACUUUGGUGACCGGAAGGAGGACGACGGGGAUGGAACAGCCUGGGAUACGGAGCCAUACUCCCGCCCGGAGAUUGAACGUAUCACCAGACUGGCAGCCCAUUUGGCACUUCAGGAAGAUCCACCCUUGCCAGUUUGGAGUUUGGACAAAGCGAAUGUUUUGGCGACAAGUCGGCUGUGGAGGAAGGUUGUAACGGAGGUUAUGGCCAACGAGUUCCCACAGCUGCAAAUCGGACAUCACCUCAUUGAUAGUGCAGCGAUGUUGAUGGUGAAGAACCCAAGAGCGCUGAAUGGUGUCGUGGUGACCAGCAAUCUUUUCGGUGAUAUUAUCAGUGACGAGGCGAGUGUUAUUCCAGGUAGCAUUGGCCUUUUGCCUUCUGCAAGUUUGAGCGGGGUACCAGAUGGUAAGAGUCGAUGCAAUGGUAUUUAUGAGCCAAUUCAUGGUUCUGCUCCCGACAUUUCUGGCCAAGGCAUAGUCAAUCCCGUAGGAACUAUUCUCUCGGUCGCCAUGAUGCUGAAGUACUCUCUCCAUCUCCCCGUUGAAUCCAAGGCCGUUGAAGAUGCCGUUCGAAUUGUUAUUGAAAAGGGCAUCAGAACGAAGGAUAUCGGAGGGUCAAACAGCACAGUUGAGGUUGGAGAUGCGGUUGCGGAGACACUUAAAGGCGUCCUCAAGGAACUUGACUAA